AAGUGACGGAGUCAAUAACGGAUAAAAGGUCGAGCGAGGCAGCAGGCGUCUGCUAACAUGUGUCUACAUGUCCUACGUGAAGACGGCAGACCGAGUGAAGUCAACAUAACAUGCAUUUGCCUUUCCUUCAUUCACGUCUGCGCCCCAAAUCCCACGUUUUCAUUGAAUUCAUCUUUUCAGCACAAUUUGGCGCUCCUGCAAACGGAUUCUGAGUUCGUCAAACAAGCGUGUAGGUGCCAAAUUCCUAACAAGUAUGGAGAGGGAGAGGAAGGAGGAAGCAGAGCAGGGGGUGAUGGCCAGUUCCAACAGGCCUCGCCUCACCUUGCCUCUUCGUUCGUCUACAGAAUGGUUUAUGAGUGGUAAAAGCCCCGGGCCCAUGACUCUGCUCUCCAACUUUCUCAAUGACGCUGAGAAUGAUGCCCCUGAUUCAGAUUGCAGGUCCUUCUCCCAGCUCUUGGCCGGCGCCAUGGCCUCUCCUGCUGCUCCUGUGCUUGCAAAUUCCACCACCAACACCACCACCAAUUACUUUGCCACCGACUCCUCUCUGAUGCCCCGCUCGCCCCUUUUUAGCCCCGAUUCGCCCGCCUUUCUCUCGUCCACCCAGGGAUCAUUUGGUAUAUCGCAUCAGCAAGUCCUAGCCCGAAUUCAGGCGCAAGCACAGGCUCAGACUCAUCCACAGAUGCAAGUUCAAGCAUCACCCUUUCCCCCUUUGAUGACUUCCACGAUCACAGCAACGUUGCCACAUCAGCUAGAAUAUUCGGUGGGGGCUGAUGCUAUUACGUACGGAUCUUCAUAUCAACAUAAGGCACAGGCACAACCAGAAAUGAAGAAAAUAAAUGCAUCCUCUGAAUUGGGUUCUCAAGAUACUGAACCCAAUUAUAGAUCUUUACCUCCAAUUGCCGUUGAGCGCCCUUCUGAUGAUGGAUACAAUUGGCGCAAGUAUGGACAAAAGCAGGUUAAGGGCAGUGAAUAUCCUCGUAGUUAUUAUAAAUGUACCCAUCCCAAAUGCCCUGUGAAGAAGAAGGUCGAACGUUCCCAUGAUGGUCAGGUAACUGAAAUUGUUUACAAAGGUGAACACAAUCAUGGCAAACCCCAACCUAGUAGACGUAUGGCUGCUGCUGCUCAGCAUUUACACUCUGAUGAUAUCAAUGAACUUAUGGAUGGUAAAGCCGACGGAACUAGUCAAGUUUAUUCUGGAGAUGCUAAUAUUGCAGAUUCAUCAACGUCAUUGAUGGGGCAAGGGAGUCCUGAGCAAUCAUCUGGUUCAAGUGAUGAUGGUGAGGAUGAUGAAGAUGGCAGCAGGGCAGAUGAUGCAGAUGACAAUGAUGAGUCAGAUGCUAAAAGAAGGAAGAAAGAUAGGAAGAUAAAGGAAAUAAUUGCUUCAUCUAGGACAAUUAGAGAGCCACGCAUUGUUGUGCAGACAACAAGUGAUGUAGACAUCCUGGAUGAUGGUUAUCGUUGGCGUAAAUAUGGCCAGAAAGUGGUGAAGGGCAAUCCUCAUCCUAGGAGUUAUUACAAGUGCACCAAUGUGGGAUGCAAUGUACGCAAGCACGUUGAGAGGGCAUCCACUGAUAUUAAAGCCGUCAUUACAACCUAUGAGGGAAAACACAAUCAUGAUGUUCCAGCAGCGAAGAAUAGCAGCCAUGACGUAGCAGGCUCUGGGGCACAACUUCGUGCUGGAAGUAGUACCAAUACUAGCACCAGCCUUUCCAAGCCUCCUAAUAUGUCAUUACUGGAACAGCAACAGCAGGCUGUAAAUUGUCCUUCAAGUUGGGCUUCACAGGGUAUUACUGGGGAGAAUGCCACUCAAAACUGCGGUGGUACUACCCAGAAUUUUGCUUCCUCUAUGGCAGCUAACAAUAGAUUAAAUAUGGGAAGGCCUUUCGGUGAUGACAAUGGAUUCAGUUUUUCAGGAGCAACUCAAGGCUUAGGCACUGUGAGGCCCAAAGAAGAGCAUGAAACUACCUCAGUCACAACUGGGUUUUGCUAAAAUGUUGGCCAGCCCUUGCUGUGAAAGAACAACGCAUGGCAUGUGUUUGGUGAACACAUGAUCUUGACACACUAAGUCUGUUGUCUGCAAUUUUACCAAGAUACCAACAUUGCUAAACUGUCCACGUGAAAAAAACUAAGCUUCUUUAAACAAGUGCAAAUGUUAUGGAUCCAUGCUAAACAGCUCUGGUUGUCAGGAUAGGUUCCCUCAGUUUGUCACUUCUGUACGAGAGAUGCGAUGCAGCUCUGGUGUUGUGAAUGUUCCUUCAUUUGAAUCAUAGACAAUGAGAUAUCUUUUCUACAUUUUUUAUGGGCCAAUCUCCUUCGCAAGGCCCUUGUUAUACUUGUAUUAUUACACAUUACAGUUAAGAGUACAGGACUUGAACGGGGACCUCUAAAUAUCGGUUUCAAAUGGCCAUAAAGUCUGAAAACAAAUGUGCUUAGUCGAUUUAAAUUGUUGGGAGUGAAUAAUAAAAUAUAUCCCAGGGUCUAUGAUGCUUCUUUCCCA